AUGGUAGAUGUUAUUUCACUGACACUCACUGGAAUACUUGAUAGAUGUCCAAUCUUGUUAGGUAAAAAGAAAAGAAAUAUUUCCAGAACAACAACUAAAGUUUAUGAGUUAGUCUGCAUAAAAGAUAUUUUUAUAAAUGAUAAUGAUAGAUAUCGAAAUAUAUUUAAUCCAUUGAUUUGCCUAUUUACAGAUUGUAUAGAAAAAUUUUAUGAAAUAUUGGGAAGUCAAUCUCUUUAUGCCAAUAUUAUUGCAACACCUCGACAUACUGCUAUAGAGAUAAUCUCAAGCACUUCUUAUAAAAUAAAAAAAUUACAAGUUAAACAAACUAGUCGAAUUGACAUGGACUAUAAACUUAUUCCCAAACAUAAAAUAAAAUCAGUUGAAGUCUCUGCUUGA